AUGGGACAGUAUUCAUUUAGCGACACAGGCCUUGAGCUAGCCAUAGCAGUGCACAUCACUAAUGUCUUGUCGCGAAUGGGCCGAUCUUCGCUUUACGGCUCGGGUGUCCGUCCUGGCGACGAGGACGGUGGAAAACCACCCGGACCAAGCGACCAUGUCUUCCAUCAAAGUUUCUUUCUCGGCGGCUAUGGCUACAGUAUAAAAAGCAGUGUCACCAUUCCUAUCGCGCUGUCUAUCCUACUAGUACACGUCUGCAUUGUUCUGCUCUACAUAGGCGUUCUUAUCUAUUCCCGUCGACUAUGGCUCAGUUCCAGCUGGGCAAGUUUCGGAGAGUUGCUUGUUCUAGCACUUGGGUCGCAAAAGCAUGAUUUGGGAAGUGUCGGUGGAGGAGUUUCGAGUUCACUGACGUGGAGUACGCCAGUGUCAGUAAGAGUAGUCGGGGAUGAGGGGAAGCUGGAGAUGGUUGUUGAAAAAGUCGCUGGUGACGCGGAGCAAACCUGCAGUGGGAAAGGUGGGAGCGAUGUGGGACUCAACAGGACCUACUCGAGAGUAGAGUCAGGUAUGGAAUAUCAUUAA